AUGGACUCUAUGGACGGGGAGCCACCCCCAAUCCUUGACGAUCGGAUAUUUCCCUACACAGAUCUACCGAUGCUAGAGAAUGGGGAGUUCUCCGAUGUCAUGGUUAAGUGUGACAACAGAUCCUGGGACUUGCACAAGAUCAUACUCUGCACUCGGAGCCAAUGGUUCAGGAAAGCGUUUAGUGGGCGGUUUCAUGAAGCUGAAACCAGUAAGGUGGAAAUCACUGAUUUUGAGCCGGAGCAGGUUGAAAGACUUCUCUAUUAUCUUUACGUCGGAAGUAUCAAGAGGCCUGCGGCACCUCUUAACCGCUUCUUGUCCUAUGUCAACGACUUCAUAAUGGGGGAUUACUUCGUUAUACCAAAGCUUUGCAAGGCUGCAGUUGGGAAGAUCAAUCGCGAACUGGAUGUAGCUACUGUGAUACUCCAGUGGGCUAUGACUGAACCGACGGGGGGAGAAGGGGAGGAGAAGCAAUUCGAUUGUGUCCCCAGCCUUUUGGAGACAAUUGCGACAGCUUUGAGCAAGGCAUAUACUUGUGGUUCUAUGGCCAGUGGAGACUCGAUAAGAAAAUGCUUCGUAUACUUCUUCACGAGGACAAGUCUUUAUCAUUUGAAUAGAGGCAAUCAAUCUCCGAUAAUGGACGCCUUCAAGUCUUUACCGGAGUUCGCACGCGACUGUUUGGUUGCAUAUGAGCCCUUAGGCGUCGACUUGCUUAACGUGUAUUCUUAA